AUAGUGUUUUUCAGGCGGGAGGGCAGGGAUUCCAAGGCUAGAGCAGAGUUACGGAUCCGCUCAGCAGCCCCUCCUGCCGACGCCUGUGGUUUGGGUGGGAGAGGAGUGAAAUAUCCAAUGGACACACGCUGAGGAAGGAGGGGGGAAGGGAGAGGGGCCAGAUGCAAAGCCAGCUGGAUCCUAUUGGUCUCUUACCUCUUCCCAGGUCCGCGUCCAGUGCCUUUGGCGCCGAGGGACACAAGUCCCUCCGCGGGGCUCAGGGCGCGCAUCUCGGGGCUCGGCUCCGUGACUUCCGCGGGAGUGAACAUGGAUGGGCAGCGGGCGCUGCUUCUAGGGGGCUUCCUUCUCUCCGGGACCCUGCUCUCAGAGGCCGCCAAAAUCCUAACUGUGUCAACACUGGGUGGAAGCCAUUACCUACUGGUGGACCGGGUGUCCCAGAUUCUUCAAGAUCAUGGUCAUAAUGUCACCAUGCUUCAUCAGCGAGGAAAUUCUCUGAUGUCAGAUUUUAAAGAGGAGCCCAAAUCAUACCAAGUUAUUACUUGGCUUCCACCCCAAGACCAUCGAAAAGAAUUUAAGAAGUGCUUUGAUUUCUUUAUGGAAGAAGCCCUGCAUGGCAGAGGAAGUUUUGAAAACUUUUUAAAAGUAAUGGAACAGCUGGGGUUUCAGUGCAGUCACUUGCUAAGGAGGAGGGAUAUUGUGGAAUCCCUGAAGAGUGAGAACUUCGACCUGGUGAUAAUUGAAAUUUUUGACUACUGUCCUCUCCUGAUCGCUGAGAAGCUCGGGAAGCCAUUUGUGUCUCUUCUUUCCUCCUCAUUUGGCACUUUGGACUUUGGGCUCCCUAGUCCCCUGUCUUACGUUCCUGUAUUCAGUUCUUUGCUGACUGACCACAUGAGCUUCUGGGGCCGGAUGAAGAAUUUCCUAAUGUUCUUUGGUUUCUCCAUGAAGCAAUGGCAAAUACAGUCUAAGUUUGACAACAGCAUCAAGGAGCAUUUCCAGGAGGGCUCUAGGCCAGUUCUGUCUCAUCUUCUACAGAAAGCCGAGCUCUGGUUUGUUAACUCUGACUUUGCUUUUGAAUUUGCUCGGCCCCUGAAUCCCAACACUGUGUAUAUUGGAGGAUUAAUGGUCAAACCCAUUAAGCCAGUAUCACAAGACUUAGAGAACUUCAUUGCUAAGUAUGGGGACUCUGGUUUUGUCCUUGUGGCCCUUGGUUCCAUGGUGAGCACCUACCAGACCUGGGAAGUCCUCCAGGAGAUGAACAGUGCCUUUGCCCAGCUCUCACAAGGGGUAAUAUGGAAGUGUAAGCAUUCUCACUGGACCAAAGGUGUCAAGUUGGCUGAAAAUGUGAAAAUUAUGGACUGGCUUCCUCAGAAUGACCUCCUAGCUCACCCUAACAUUCGUCUGUUUGUCACUCAUGGAGGGCAGAACAGCAUAAUGGAGGCCAUCCAGUAUGGCGUGCCCAUGGUGGGGAUUCCUCUCUUUGGAGACCAGCCUGAAAACAUUGUCAGAGUAGAAGCCAAGAAACUUGGUGUCUCUAUUCAGUUACAUAACCUCAAAGCAGAGACACUGGCACUUACAAUGAAGCAAGUCAUUGAAGACAAGAGGUACAAGGCUGCAGCCGUGUCUGCCAGUGUCGUCAGGUGUUCCCACCCCCUGACCCCAUCCCAGAGGUUGGUGGGCUGGGUCGACCACAUCCUUCAGACAAGGGGGGCAGCGCACCUCAAGCCCUAUGCCUUCCAGCAGUGGUGGCAUGAGCAGUACCUACUUGACGUCUUCUUGUUCCUGCUGGGGCUCAUUCUGAGCUCUGUAUGGCUCGGUGGGAAGCUUCUGGGAACAGUGGCCAGAUGCCUGUGUGGGGCCAAGAAGCUGAAAGAGAUGUGAUGCCAAGUGUGGCACUGGAGUGGAGGUAUCGGGGAGUCCCUGGUUCUUUGGAGUCUCCCCUGACCUGGACAAGCCCUGUGUGGGUCUCCGUUUCCUCUCCACCUGCUGAUGGUCCUGCAAUUGGCUCCUUACUAUUAUCUGCCUUGGUUUAGAAAUCCUUUGUACCACUCACAUGUUUCUUGACUUGCUCCUUGCGACCCAGACCUCUAGCAGAUACCAACUUUCACUAACUGCUUUGCCCCCUCCUCCCUCCCUUUCCCAAGAAACAGCUGCUCUGAUAAUUUCAUGCUCCCUGCCAUGAUAACUUCUCAUUCUCUGUCCCAUAUGUUUCUUUCUAUCAGUUUACUAAAAAAUACACAAGAUACUUGGCACAUUCUUCCAUUUUAUUCCAGGCUCUUGUAUCUUCUGUAAGCUCUCCUCAAAGCUCAGGAAGCCUGGUCUACUCCCUUGCAUUUAGGCAGGAACAGACCCUCUCAGCAAAGAAAAAAAAAGUUAACUGAUUUCAAAAUAUAGGAAAGCCAAAUCCAUUUUUGUAUUGUAAAAUCAAAAGCAAAGACAUUCUGGGAAAAACAAUUUCACUAUGCAUGACAAAUGAAAUACACAGUUUCUGAAAAUUUAAGCAAGUUAAAAUAGGGACAAAAUGAUGGAACAUCUGUAUAGCCAGUGGAAUGAACCAUAAACUAGAUGGAGCAAGAGCACUAUGAAUUGUCGUAAGUGAAUUCUAACAUUGUCAACUAAAACAGAGCGAAGCAAAAGAGUGUAGUAUGCCUUUUUUUUUUUGCAAGACAAAGAAAGUUGAGAGGAAAUUGAAACAUGCACAGUUAUUCUUCAUGGAAUAUACACCUAUUCUUCACAGGAGAAUAAACCAGACAAUCCUGUGAUAGAGUGUAAGCAUUUGCUAGAGUAGGUGGAAGUAGGAAGAGGAUGGCACAUCUCUGAGUUUAUCUUUCUAUGCAGCUUUGGAUUUUUAAUGAAUGCUAAUAUUUACAUAAUAAAUAUAUAUUUAAAUCAACCAUAGGUGAAACCUUUACUGCAAAAUAUAGACAGAAAUAAAUGAACUUUAUCUAUUUUCAGGUGAACAGCACAACCAUACUGUUAUGGCAAAACAAAAAAAGUUUUAACACAUGAACUGCUGAACAAAGUACUUUGACCAUAAAAUUCUCACUUUAAAGACAAAUGUAACUUCAAACAAUCUUGUUAUGUAGAGUUUAGAUUUGUAAUUCUCAAUUGUGUGACCUGGUGUACUAGAAUCCACUUAGGCCGGCGCUGUGGCUCACUAGGCUAAUCUUCCGCCUUGUGGCGCUGGCACACCGGGUUCUAGUCCCAGUCGGGGCGCCAGAUUCUGUCCCGGUUGCCCCUCUUCCAGGCCAGCUCUCUGCUGUGGCCAGGGAGUGCAGUGAGGAUGGCCCAAGUCCUUGGGCCCUGCACCCCAUGGGAGACCAGGAUAAGUACCUGGCUCCUGCCUUCGGAUCAGCGCGGUGCGCUGGCCGCAGUGCGCCAGUCGUGGCGGCCUGUCAAAAAAAAAAAAAAAAAGAA